GCAAGAGGAAGGAUAAUGAUGAAGUUUGCAGACUUAAUUGAUGAAAAUGCGGAGGAACUAGCCGCCUUGGACACCAUUGAUGCUGGGAAGUUGUUUAGUUUGGGGAAGUCCCCAGAUAUCGCUCUAUCAUCAGGAAUUCUCCGUUACUAUGCAGGCGCAGCAGAUAAAAUUCAUGGAGAGACAUUGAAAAUGUCGGGGGAGCUUCAAGCGUACACGUUGCGUGAACCUAUUGGUGUUGUAGGGCACAUCAUUCCUUGGAACUUCCCAAGUUCCAUUUUUUUCAUGAAUGUUAGCCCGGCAUUAGCUUCUGGGUGCACCAUGGUUGUCAAGCCUGCUGAACAGACACCGCUUUCAGCUCUCUAUUAUGCUCAUCUGGCUAAGCAGGCUGGCAUCCCCAAUGGAGUCCUGAAUGUUAUAACCGGAUUUGGACCAACAGCCGGUGCUGCAAUUGCCUCUCAUAUGGACAUUGAUAAAGUUAGUUUUACAGGGUCCACAGAAGUAGGGCGCCUUGUGAUGCAGGCUGCAGCAACAAGCAAUUUAAAACACAUCUCACUCGAACUAGGCGGCAAGUCCCCUCUCAUAAUCUUUGAUGAUGCAGAUGUUGAUAAAGCCGCAGAUCUUGCUCUUGUGGGCGUUCUAUAUAACAAGGGUGAAACUUGUGUGGCCGGUUCUCGUGUUUUUGUUCAAGAAGGGAUAUAUGAUGCACUUGAGAAGAAGUUGUUAGAGAAAAUAAAAAAAUGGGUUGUUGGGGAUCCUUUUGAUCCCAGUGUUCUCCAAGGACCUCAGGUAGAUAAGACACAGUAUGACAGAAUACUUUCAUACAUUGAGCAUGGCAAGAGAGAGGGGGCCACCCUGUUAACUGGUGGCAAGCCCUGGGGUGAGAAGGGAUACUAUAUUGAGCCUACAAUUUUCACAGAUGUUAAGGACAGCAUGCUAAUUGCAAGGGAUGAGAUAUUUGGUCCAGUAAUGUCAUUGAUGAAGUUCAAGACUAUCGACGAGGCAAUCACGAGCGCCAAUGCCACAAGAUAUGGUCUAGCAGCAGGCAUUUUGACCAACAACUUGAAUGUGGCUAACACUGUUUCACGAUCAAUCCGUGCCGGUAUCAUUUGGAUCAACUGUUAUUUUGCUAUUGAUGGAGAUUGCCCCUUUGGAGGGUAUAAGAUGAGUGGGUUUGGAAGAAAUUUGGGAAUGGAUGCUCUUGACAAGUAUCUUCAAGUCAAGUCUGUCGUCACACCCAUAUAUAAUUCACCUUGGCUGUGAAUAAGUGAAGCUUAGCAGCUUUGCUAUACGUCUUUGAACCUUUUAUUUUGUUCCUGCACCUUCGUAUUGUAUUGCAUUCUAUCUCUAUAUUGCUAUUUUCAUUCUAAUCCAAUUGGACAUGAGAUAAUUAUUUAUCCUACUAAUCCAACUGGAUAACUAAUCA